CGGAAGUGUCGUGCUGGGCUCUGUGUGCUUUCAUGGGGGGGGAGUGUCACUGAGGCCCGGGCCGCCGUCGCCAGCCAGCCGCGCCCUUGAGAUGCGUGAGGCUGGGCAGGUAUUUUCAUCCCCGUAGCAGCCCAGGGCGGGAGCCAGUCACAGCUCGGAAGCUCAGCGCGCCUGGGUGGGUCGGUGCGUCCCUUGGCAGGACCGCUCAGUGCUGCCAGAAGUGGCGCAGCUGGUUUAAUGCUAACUAAAAAUGAAUGAAAGUAGAAAAUCAGAUGAGAAAAAUAUUGACAAUAGAAAAGAUGACAGAGAAGAGCUACUGGAAUUUUCUGAGAACUUUAACCAACUUGAAUUGUUGGAAACACACAGACAUCUAAUUCCUAUAGGAACUCAGAGUCUUUGGUCAGGAGAGUCUGAUGAGGAAGAUGAAGAGGAGGAAAAAAGUGAGGAGUGGUACCAACUGCAAGAAAAGAAAAUGGAGAACAAUCCAGAAAAACUGCUGCUUUGGGCAGCUGAAAAAAAUCAGCUUAGCACAGUGCGCAGGCUCCUUUCUCAAAAGCUAGCUCCCGUUAACGUCCAAGACGAAGAUCAAUACACACCCCUCCAUCGAGCUGCCUACAGUGGACAUUUAGAUGUUGUGCGUGAAUUAAUUGCCCAAGGUGCAGAUGUCCAUGCACUGACAGUGGACGGCUGGACACCUCUACAUAGUGCAUGUAAGUGGAACAAUACAAAGGUGGCUUCGUUUUUACUUCAGCAUGGUGCAGAUAUCAACGCUCAAACAAAUGGAUUACUGACACCAUUGCAUCUUGCUGCAGGAAACCGAGGGAGUAAAGAAACACUAGAACUUCUGCUGAUGAAUCGUUACGUGAAACCAAACCUAAAAAAUAACUUGGAUGAAACUGCAUUUGAUAUUGCUAGAAGAACUGACAUAUAUCACUACCUUUUUGAAAUUGUAGAAAAUUGCACAAAUUCUGUGCCAGAUUCUUAGAAAUUCUCAUUAUUUAAACUUCAGAAUGUGAAUUUCACUUGCUUCCUCUUUGUAAUACAGCAUUCUUUAUACUUUCACCCAAAACAAGUGGUUUCUCCCCACUUUUCAGAAAAGAUUUAAUGGGUGAUAUUGUAGAGGGAGGUCUCAUGAUUAAGAUUUCAUUAUUUUUGCAAAAUAAAUGACCAUAUACUUACUCAGACUUUGACAUAUUAUCACUUAUAUUAGUAGCAUAGCUGGGGGGGGGGGAGUGGCCGCUCCUCCACUGAGCACAAGUGGCGCCUUUUUAAUUUUACUCACCCGGGAGCGAAAAAAAAGGCACCACCCACUGCGGCGCUUUUACUGACGGAGCGGCGCUCCAGGUUUUUGGUGGCACUUUGGCAGCAGGACCUUCACUCACUUCAGGUGUCUUCAGCGGCACUGAAGCUUCAUCACCGAAAUGCCACUGGAGACCUGCGGAGCGAGUGAAGGUCUUGCCACCGAAGACCCGGAGUGCUGCCCCGCCAGUAAAAGCACAGCAGCGGGUGGCGCCUUUUUUUCCACGCUCCCUCUCUUCCCUCCAGCUGGCUAUGUUACUGACUUAUACAGAAUCGGAUUUGAAGUGUUCUGCAGGAUAAAGUUUUGGUAAAUUUAGUAAUUUGCAGUGGGUCUCCACUUAAUCAGUGCAAAUUAGCAAGGAUCUACUGUAGUUAAAGUCAGAAACACUAAUAUCAAGUCAAGGAGGAAGCUGGAACAUUAACUGUUAAGUAAGCUAGCAGGUAUGCACACGUUGGUAGUUACUGUUUGUUUUAAACUUUUGAGACACUUGUUUUAACUUAAAGUGCACAAAAAUGCCAACUGAAUGUAACUAACUUAUACAGGGGACAUUCAAAAUAUAUAGUCUCCUUAUUUUAAAAUAAAAUACUUAACACUAAA